CAAUCUAGCCCGGCCGUGGGCCGAUGGCCGAUGGGGAGGAGGUCUGGGCGGAGGAAGCCUGGUUUGAGGACGCCGUGGGCGAUACCAAUGCCUCGCAAGGAGAUGAUGUGACUGGGAACGGCGCUUGGCCGCUCGAGCACGACGAUGGUCUGAGGCCCGAGGAUGUCCAAGCGGAAGCCUGGCCGCAGCCGCAUGCUUAUGCUUGCGAUGCUGGCGAUGCCUCGCAAGGAGAUGAUGCGACUGGGAACGGCGCUUGGCCGCUCGAGCACGACGAUGGUCUGAGGCCCGAGGAUGUCCAAGCGGAAGGCUGGCCGCAGCCGCAUGCCUAUGCUUGCGAUGCUGGCGAUGCCUCGCAAGGAGAUGAUGUGACUGGGAACGGCGCUUGGCCGCUCGAGCACGACGAUGGUCUGAGGCCCGAGGAUGUCCAAGCGGAAGCCUGGCCGCAGCCGCAUGCUUAUGCUUGCGAUGCUGGCGAUGCCUCGCAAGGAGAUGAUGCGACUGGGAACGGCGCGUGGCCGCUCGAGCACGACGAUGGUCUGAGGCCCGAGGAUGUCCAAGCGGAAGGCUGGCCGCAGCCGCAUGCUUAUGCUUGCGAUGCUGGCGAUGCCUCGCAAGGAGAUGAUGCGGCUGAGAACGCCGCUUGGCCGCUCGAGCACGACGAUGGUCUGAGGCCCGAGGAUGUCGGCUGGCCGCAGCCGCAUGCUUAUGCUUGCGAUGCUGGCGAUGCCUCGCAAGGAGAUGAUGCGACUGGGAACGCCGCUUGGCCGCUCGAGCACGACGAUGGUCUGAGGCCCGAGGAUGUCCAAGCGGAAGGCUGGCCGCAGCCGCAUGCUUAUGCUUGCGAUGCUGGCGAUGCCUCGCAAGGAGAUGAUGCAACUGGGAACAGCGCUUGGCCGCUCGAGCACGACAAUGGUAUGUUGCCCGAGGAUGUCCUAGAAGCCUGGCCUGAAAAGCGGCGCGAGACAUGGAAGGCCAAGGAGUGGAGCCCGCCGCGCAAGCGCAGCCGGCUAGCGCAUUGGCCAGCCCCACAGGAGCUGACCCGCUGGACCAGCGGCUCUUCCUGGAGAUCCGAUGGAUCUCAGUGGGGCAUAAGCUCAGGCGACAGGAAGGACAUCGAGCAGUGGCUUGAGUGCAGCCGGGUGGGGGACAACCUGCCUGGCACACCCCUGAUACCCUGCAAGACCCCUUUCGAGGGCUCCUUGGCGCGGUGGGCCUAUAACCAGGGCCUAUUGCCGGAGGACCAGUGGUUUGGCAAGGAGGAUCUCCUGCAUAUUUGCGAGGAGAAGGGGACCCCCGUGGGCUUGGUCAUCGACUUGGUCAACACGUCCAAGUGCUCCGAGCCUUUGCGGUCGCCUUUCCUUUUCUUGAGCGGCUGGCAUGCCCUCGUGCGGCCGAUCUUUU